AUGGGCAACCAAAUGAGCGUCCCACUAAGAACCGAAGUCCAGGAGAAGGAACCGGAAGCAAACGCUUACAAGGUGAUAUCAGACAAUGGGUGUGUUCAGAAUGGGAGCCCAGUGAUGGUGUCCACUCACGUGGUUCAACACUAUGAUGAAGUCGAUUUGGGAAUAAGCAUCUCCAAGGAUAAUGUGGCUACUUCUUCCCCCAAGACAAUGGAGGCCCAAGCUGUGGCCGAUGCCAGCGGAAAGAAUCUUGGGAAACAAGCCAAGCCCGAGGCACCAGCUGCUAGAUCGCGUUUUUUCUUGACACUCUCUCGGCCUGUACCAGGACGUCCCGGGGACCAAGGCUCGAAUUCAUCGGCUGCAUCGGGCAAGCUUGAUGUCAGCCCCGGCACAGCGCCUGUGAACAAAGACCCAAGUGAGCACGGGGCACUUCCGGUGGCAGCUGCACCCGGGCCGGCUGCAGAUAAAACCAGGCCAGGGUGCACUGAGGCCAAGCAGCAGGUCCUCCCUGCCACCUGCCCGCCGGCACCUUCACCACCCGAGUCCCGGGCGGAAGGCCCCUCCAAGACGAAAGAGUUCGGCUUUUUCGACAGAUUAUUUAAACUAGACAGGGGAAGAGAAAGCGCACCAGUUGACGGCCAGCCUGAAGAAGCCCAGGGGGUGAGAGAUCAAGACCAGGCCGCCGAGGCUCCUGCUUUGCCAGGGAAUCCCCAUGGUGUCCCUGCUGGGGAGGACAUAGUCGACAGCGAGGGGAGAGGACAAGAAGUUGACACUCUGAGUUAUUCUGUCCCUGGGGAUCCAGAGGUGCUGGGGACCAAGAAGGAGGACCCCCAGGAGGUAGAUACCACAGAGAAUAGUAACUCCAUCAUGAGCUUCUUCAAGACCCUCGUUUCUCCUAACAAAGCUGAAACAAAAAAGGAUCCAGAAGACACGAAGGCAACCAAGGCAGACAAAGUCUGCGAUGGACACGCUGGCCAGAAGACGUUGGAGACGCAGGCCAAGAGCAAGAAGAAACGCCUGGACAGCCCCAGGCUAGGACUCACCUUUAGAAAGUUCUUUAGGCAUAAGGAGACUGGUGAGAAGGGGUCAGUUAAAGAGGAUUCACUUUCCACAGGUGCAGAGGAGAAUGCGGUGUGUGAGCCACCAGUAGAAACUGUAAGGUUUGAGGGAGUAGAGCCUGCCUUACAAACUGUGGAUCUCAAUGAAGAAGAGGCCCAGCCCGAACCCACAGAUGUAAAAGUUAAAGAAGAAAACAAACCCCGGAGGACCCCUCUGAUGGCGUUUCUCAGACAAAUGUCAGUGAAAGGGGAUGGAGGGAUCACCCGCUCAGAAGAAAGUAAUGGGAAAGACUCCGGUUGCCAAACGUCGAACUCCACGGAGAAGACGCCCUCGCCCCCAGAGCCGGAGCCCGCGCCAACCGCCCAGAAAGGCAAGGAGACCUCCUCAAAGGAGAAGAAGUCGGUGGUGGACAAGAAGUCUGUGGCUGAGACCAACAAGCUGAAGAGCAGCAAACCGGAAGCCAGAGAAGCCGCGCAGUGCGCGCAACAGCCCGUGGUGGAGGCGACCUCUCCGCAGAGCGGGGACAAGCCCCAGAAGAGGUCCGAGAAGCGGCGACAGUCCCUCGGGGGCUUCCUGAAGGGGCUGGGACCAAAGCGGAUGCUGGAUGCUCAGGUGCAGACGGACCCUGUAUCCAUCGGACCAGUCGGAAAAUCCAAGUAAACAAACAACUCAGUUCCCACCAGGUCCUCCUCCACUCCAUCUCCCGUCCAGACUCACUCUGUGUAUAUAUUUGUCUUUCUCCUGGCCAGCCAAUGAAAUUCUGCCUACAACUUCGACCUGAAUUGUUGUAGAUUGAGGUGUAUUAUUUACGUCUCUGGUCCAGUCUUUCCUGGCAAUAUAACUGUAAAAAUGGGUUAGCAGGUUAACUAGUUAAUCCAGGAGAGCUGGUGAGUACCAGGCGUGGGAUGGAGGAGGUAGAUAAAGGCAUUUGUGUUAAGUUAUGAAAAGAUGGCAGUAUCCAGUAAGUUGCAGAGGGAAAAUGCAAAAAAAAAAAAAUGAGAAAAAGAUUAUUCUGCUUUGUAGAAGAUGUCGACUCAUCCCUUAAGCCUGAACGGGGAAGGGAAGACCUAUUUGUUUCAGUUCACACUUGGAGGAAGGAGGACUCUGGGCAGGUCCUGUGGGCAUCUGCCUACUUUUUGGAACGGAAUGUGUAGGGUAUAAAGAGGAAUGGGUAAGAGUCAAUUUUCAAAUAGGACCCUUGAAAGUUAUCGGGAAAGGGAGUGAUUGACUAGAGAGGGAUUGCAAUGAUUUGGGGGAACAAUUAUUUCUGAGGUGUAGGGACAAGGGCCUGGAUUACCAACUUUAAAAGAAAAACCAAGGGCAAAAUGAAAUUAAGUUGCAGGUUUAUUUUGUGACACCAAGGGGUGCCAAGAUCUCCACUUUCCCCUUUGCAUUCGGUACCCCUAACCAAGAUUUGUCUCUGCAAUAUUUCAUUAUUAAUGUUUCUUAGAUGCCUGAGGAGUUCGCUUCAUCUGCUCUGUCUGACGCUUAUCUCACGCCUGUCUGUAAUGCCUAAUGUGUUCAGGAUGUUCUCUGAUUUAAAAAAAAAAAAUACUCCCCCUAACCCAGUUAAUAAAAAUUGACAGAAGAUUAUUCAAA